AUGGCCCUCUCUCUUUUACGCGCCGUAACUGUCGCUAUCUGUGGAGCUUCCUUCCUUGAUUCUGUAUCCGCCAUCUCGCCUGGAUUUAAUUAUGGCUCAGCCAAAGUACGUGGAGUCAACCUUGGUGGAUGGCUUGUCAUCGAACCCUGGAUUACCCCAUCACUUUUCGACAAUACAGGUAACUCUGCCAUCAUCGACGAGUGGACAUUUGGGCAAUACCAGGACAAGGGCACCGCGACUGCCGCGUUGACCAAUCACUGGAACACUUGGAUUACUGAAUCCGAUUUUCAGCAAAUUGCUGCUGCGGGUUUAAACCACGUUCGCAUCCCGAUCGGCUACUGGGCAUUCGACGUCUCUGGCGGAGAACCGUUCAUACAAGGACAACUUCCGUACUUGCAAAAGGCGAUAGGUUGGGCUCAAACCUAUGGCCUUAAAGUCAUUGUUGAUCUCCAUGGAGCGCCCGGGAGCCAGAACGGUUUCGACAACUCUGGGCAGAAGAUGUCAUAUCCCGAAUGGCAGUCGAGCCAAUCAAACAUCGACCGUACUAACGCCAUCAUCAAGACUAUGGCUUCAAUGUUUGCAGAUCAAACUAACGUAGUACCGAUUAUUGCACCGUUGAACGAGCCAGCUGGCUAUUACGGCGACUCAGUAUUAAGUGUUACGAGACAGUACUGGUAUGAUAGUUACGGCAACAUUCGAUACCCUUAUGGCUCUUCAAGACAAUCGAACACAGUCGUUCUGAUCCAUGAUGCAUUCCAAGCUCUUAGUUAUUGGAAUGGCUUCAUGACCUCUGGCUUUGAUGGAGUAGCGAUGGAUACCCACAUUUAUCAGAUGUUCUCUGACGCGGAGGUGGCAAGGAGUUACGACCAGCAUAUUUCAGCCGCAUGCCAGACGGGCAGCUCGUUGUCAUCUUUUGAUCUCUGGGUGAUCGUGGGCGAAUGGACGCCAGCUCCCACUGAUUUCAAAGUGAACUUCUUGGCAGGACGCGGCGUCGGCGCGCGCUAUGAUGGAACCUAUUCUGGAGAGACGCCUGUGGGGAGCUGCAACGGCAAGUCAGGCUCUGCGUCUUCCUUCAGCUCUUCCUAUAAGACGUUCUUGAGACAAUACUGGGAGGCUCAGGUCAUUACAUACGAAAAGGGACAGGGGUGGAUCCAAUGGACGUGGAAGGCCGAGAAUGCGGACGAUUGGAGUUACCAGGCCGGUCUUGCAAACGGUUGGAUUCCCCAGAACCCUACAAACCUCUUAUACCCUUCUAUUUGUGGAUAAGGGUAUCCACGAUUUACUUUCCUUUCAGUCGUGUUUCUUUCUUGGCUUUUGUCCUGCUUUCCACAACCAACUUCUCCCCCCGAACAUUGCAAUUUUAAGAUAUCAUUGCUGUAACCGAUAUAUACCCCAUAACGAUUCGCACUCGUUUAGUGACGACCAAAGAAACAAGGAUACCUCAUUUUUGGACAUCCUAAACAUUACGAUGGAGCUGAAUAUCGCAGAUUGAUUAACACGCUUCAUCAAGACGCCGGUCGCUAGAUCGAACUGGUCUCCGUGAUGGUUUUCAUCAGCUUUCUGAUGAUUGUGAUUCACCCUGCGCGGA